AUGGUAGAGUUAGAUGAAUUAUCCAAAGUGCGAAUACCACGUUGGCUCGGAACGAAGAAUAAUGAUCUUGCUGUAGAAUUGCACGGCUUCUGCGAUGCAUCGAAAUUGGCAUACGCAGCAGUUAUAUAUUUGCGAAUUAUCGAUUGUUCAAAUAAAGUUAAAACAUCACUUGUGGUAGCAAAAACGAGAGUAGCUCCUGUGAAACAAGUGAGCAUUCCAAGGCUGGAACUAUGCGGAGCAGUUCUGUUGGCGCGACUUUUAGCGGAAACGUCAGAAGUAUUUAAUAUUUCUAAGAACGAAGUUCAUGCGUGGACUGAUUCCACCAUCGUUCUGGCCUGGCUCAAUAACCAUCCGAGCCGCUGGAAAACUUUUGUUGGAAAUAGGGUGACAGAGAUUCUGACUACCCUAGAAUCAUCACAAUGGUGUCAUAUUUCCACCAAGCAAAAUCCAGCAGAUUGCGCAUCCAGGGGUGUCUCACCUGCGUUACUGGCGGAAAAUAAUUUAUGGUUUUCAGGACCUAGUUUUUUUAAAGAACAACAUAUUUCAUAUAAUAGACCAAAGAAUUUAUAUACAAAAGAAGAAGAAUCUAUAAAAGCAUAUGUGGAGGUAGUUACCGAAGGUGAAGAAGAUUCACUUUUUAAGCGGUAUUCAUCACUCCCAAAACUUUUGAGAGUUGUCGCUUAUUGCAGAAAAUUUCUCAAAGGGUCCGUAAAGAGUCGCUAUUUACAAAAGACAGAAAUAGACAAGGCUUUACAGUGUUGCAUAAGAAAGGCACAAAUGGAGAAGUUCCCGGAAGAAUACGCAGAUUUAAAAUCUGGAAGGUCUAUAAAAAAGAAAGGAAGCAACCUAAGAACAUUAGGUCCUUAUUUGGAUGGCAGCGGAAUGAUUAGAGUUGCCGGUCGCCUGAGAAAUGCAGUGAUUGAGGAUACCAUUAAGCGCCCUAUUGUUCUACCUCGUGAUUCUCCAUUCACUAAAUUGAUCAUUGCAGAUGCACACAUUCAAACUCUUCACGGAGGACAGCAGUUGAUGCUCAAUUAUUUAAGGACAGCUUAUUGGGUGAUAGGAGCUAAGGCUUUGGUAAAACAACAUAUCCAUAAAUGCGUUACAUGUGUAAAGAAUAGUGCAACUACUCACAAUCAGCUCAUGGGUGAUUUACCAUCUGUAAGGUGCACCCCUGCGAGGCCAUUUCUCAAUAGUGGAGUGGACUAUGCGGGGCCUAUACAGAUCAGGACGACCAAGGGUCGUGGCCACCGAGCCUACAAGGGCUAUAUUUGUAUUUUUAUAUGUAUGGUCACAAGAGCCAUACAUCUAGAGGUUGUCAGUGAUAUGACUAGUCAGGCCUUUUUAGCAGCCUUCCGACGAUUUAUAGCCAGACGUGGAAAAUGCGCUCACCUGUGGUCGGAUAACGGGACUACUUUCGUUGGCGCAUCUAAGGAACUACGAGAACUAAGUUCUAUUCAGCCGAAAUUUGCAGAACACCUAGAAAAAAACGGGACAGAGUGGCACUUUAUACCUCCCCGGGCACCAAAUUUUGGAGGACUUUGGGAAGCGGGUGUCAAAUCUACCAAGCACCACUUGAGAAGAGUUAUUGGAGAAACGACUCUAACGUUUGAAGAGAUGAGCACUCUUCUUACUCAAAUCGAGGCAUGCCUCAACUCUCGACCAAUGACAACUGUUAACUCAGACGAUCCUAACGAACCACUGCCGUUGACUCCAGGUCACUUCUUGGUUGGAGAACCAUUAGUUAAUGCAAUCGAUAGGAAUUAUGAUUCGAGUAACGUAAAUUCAUUGUCAAGGUGGCAGUUAGUACAAAAAUUGUUGCAAUCAUUUUGGAAACGUUGGUCACAAGAAUAUUUGGUCAUGUUAAUGCACAGAUAUAAAUGGUCGCGUCAAAUUGCAGAACCAAAUGUGGGUGACAUUGUGUUAGUAAAGGAGGAUGAUCUUCCUCCGGGACAGUGGUUACUUGGUCGCAUUAUACAAAAACAUCCGGGCGAGGACAAUAUAACCCGUGUGGUUACAUUGCGUACUAGAUCUUCAAUUUUGAAACGACCAACCUCAAAAUUGUGCAUAUUGCCAGUAGAUAAGUAA